AUGGAUCCCACCGGCAUAAUAACGGGUGUCAUUGAUCUUUUCAGCGUCGCUCACCAGAUUCAAGGGCUCGUGGAAAAGUACAAGAAUGCCCCCAAGGCGGUACGCGAUAUCAUCGACGAAUGCGAAUGGACGAAAACUCUAUGUCUCAGUCUAAGAAAUCAGAUCUCGCAGACCGACGCUCUAAAGAACCCGGGUAAACACAGCCCUGAGCGUGCCCUGAGGCAGUCAUUCGAUACGUGUAUGCAUGGCAUACAGAAGACGCUUAUUGAAUUGAAAGAAGAAGCUGGCAAGUUGCAGAGCAUAAGCAAUUCUCGAAUGGGCAAGUGGGACAAGGCAAAGUUCUUGUGGAAGGAGGAAUUCUUCGCAGAAGCUGCGCAAAGUGUCAGGAGCCAGAGAGACAUGGUUGCCCUCGUUUUGUCGACUUUAACGUGGUACAGUAGCAGUAAAUUAGAGAAGGGAAUGGAAAGGGUGUUGGAACUGCUUGAAAAUGGUCAUAUCAAGGCCUCGAAGCCAACGCCUCAACUGGACCAGCUACAACCGCCACAGGAGCUAAAGAAGAGCAGAUUAGAUAAUCAGAUCAACACAACAGGCAAGGGGUUCGCCGAAGACCUCCUUGCCGCCGUUCGAGGAGGCCGCCUUGUGGAUGUUGAACCCAUCUUGGCCCAAGGCGCCUCUCCAGACAUAGCUCUAGGAGGCAGCGGUGACCGAGCCGUACACAUCGCUGCUCGCGCGGGAUUUCUGCCCAUCCUGGACCGACUUCUUGCUUACGGAGCAGACGUCAAUGUAGAGAACACCGCACGGAAUACACCCUUGCACCAAGCGCUCACAUGGGGACAGAUUCCCACUUCGUUGACGCUGUUGUCAAACGGGGCCAGUUGGACCAUCAAGAAUGCCAAUGGGACUACGGCGCUACAUGUGGCCGGCCAGACUCCCCUUUUCAAAGCGUGCUAUCCCGCAGACAAGGAUGGCAAGAUGGUCAACGUCGACUGUAAAAUCAUCCGCAUCCUCGUUGAGCGAGGUGCCGAUCCAAUAAUUGGGGCUUGGGGAAACGGCAACACUCCGAUUCAUGAGCUUGCCCUGAGCGGACACGUGAAGGAGCUCGAGAUCUUGGCCAAGGCGGUAAAGACGGUCGAACUGCCGCUGGCAGGAAACUGUCAGGGCACAACGCCGCUUCACCUUGCUGUCAAAAAUAAUCAUCCAGGGGCUGUAGACGUUCUGAUCAAAUUUAAAGCCAACGUGAACGCGAGACAGACUUCCAAGGGUGGUACGGUGUCGACUGCGCUGUGGCUGGCUGCGUGGAACAAGAACCUGGAUAUCGCAACCAAGCUUCUCGAAGCCGGCGCGGAUCCAAAUGUAAGAGGCAACGACGGAACAAUACUUCACCUUGCGGUUAAGGAGCAUUGGCUGGAACUGGUCUGCUUACUUAUUCAACAUAAGGCCGACAUUGACGCCAAGUCAUCUAGCAACAACUCGCCUCUCCACACGGCAGUAUGGGCCAAGGAUCUCCCGAUAGCCCGGCUUCUGCUAGAGAAGGGGGCUGGGUUAAUGGUCAAGGGGAGCAGUAAUGAGACUCCAAUCAUGGCGGCCGCUCGGAUCGGCUCGCUGCCCAUGAUCAGGCUCAUGCUCAAACACGGGGCCCAGUGGUCGUAUAUGACGCCUCAGGGCACGAAUGCGUUCACAUGGGCAUGCAGUGGCGGGCACGUCGCCUGCGCAAGCUUCUUUCUGGGCUGCGGGCACGAUUUGCAGCAGAAAGCAGAUGGAGAUUUUACCGCGCUACACUAUGCGGCGAGGACAGGCAAGAUGGAGUGCGUCAAGUGGCUGCUGGAGCUGGGCAUCGAUAAACAGGCCACCUCGACGAAGGUGAGGGUGCCUUUCAUGGUCAAGGGUACGGCAGCAGAAGUCGCAAGGGCACAUGGGGCUGUUGAUGUCGCUGAUUUUAUUGAGAGAUAUAGGGGCGAGUAG